GGAAUUCAACUAGUUGGACGCGACUUCCCCCGGACGAAGACCAUUACCCAUUCACCAGGAUAGUCACCACGCAUGCGGGAAGGUCGCUGACGCUUCUCUUCACCACCGGCACGGCCUUCAUGGCCGAUGAAUUAUGUCCCGCGCCAAUGCCCCGAUCAUACCGCUCCACAAUCCCGUCGCCAAUCGAGCGCCGCCUGCAAAUUCCACUCUCCAACCUCCGAGCGAGACCAACGGCAACAGCAGUCAUGUUCGGAGUACGAGCCGGAUCAGAUUCCCCGGCCAGCAGUCGAUAACAGCUCAGCAUGCGAUUCUCACACCGGAUGUGGUCGCGGAGCGUCACUCUACCUCCCUUGGAAAUGGCCUACAUCCCUCGGAUGCGGCGACGCGAUUGCAUGUCCAGGGUCCCAAUGAGCUUCCGCACGAGGAGCCGGAGCCGCUCUGGUUACGUUUCGUGCAGCAGUUCAAGGAGACAUUGAUCUUGCUUCUCUUGGCGAGUGCUGGUAUCUCAGCUUUGAUGGGCAAUUAUUCGGACUCCUUAUCGAUCGCCGUGGCUGUAACUAUCGUGGUCUCUGUGGCUUUCGUGCAGGAGUACCGGAGUGAGAAGAGCUUGGAAGCAUUGAACAAGCUGGUGCCACAUUUCGCACAUGUCAUUCGCAGCGCUGAGCCGCGAUCGGCAACGGAGGAUGUGAAUAGCAAGGGACCUGGAGACGGCGGCCUGGCAGUGGCGGAGAAGGCUAGUACAACGAUAUCCGCGACACAACUAGUGACGGGAGACUUGGUGCUGUUCCAUACAGGCGACAGGAUACCUGCUGAUGUUCGGAUCACUCGUUCUGCUGAUCUGAGUAUUGACGAGAGCAACUUGACGGGAGAGAACGAGCCAGUCGGGAAGACCGCGGAUACCCUCUCUCCGAGCACAUAUCUGAAUGGAAGUGCUGAUCCUUCCACAUACUCAAGCUCGGCUGGAGGGAUCAGACUGACAGACCAGACCAACAUCGCUUUUCAAGGAACUCUUGUGCGUUCGGGAUACGGCCAGGGAAUUGUCAUUGGGACUGGCGGCGAUACCGAGUUCGGGGCGAUCAGUGCUUCAUUGCAGGAGAUCGAAUCGCCUCGAACACCUCUUCAGCAAAGCAUGGACAGUCUUGGGAAGGACUUGAGCUACAUGUCGUUCGGCAUUAUUGGUUUGAUCAUGCUAGUGGGUCUAUGGAGAGGCAUCAAAUUUCUGGAGCUGUUUCAAAUCGGCGUCUCUCUCGCAGUGGCUGCAAUUCCAGAAGGAUUGCCGAUCAUCGUGACAGUGACGCUCGCGCUGGGCGUGCUGAGAAUGAGCAAGCGAAAUGCUAUCGUUCGAAGACUGCCUUCUGUCGAGACACUGGGAUCGGUCAACGUGGUCUGCUCGGACAAGACAGGCACUCUGACCGUCAACCACAUGACAGCUACAAGAAUGUGGAGUUUCGGUGAUGCAGCUCCCCAGGAAGUGGGCAAAGUCCAGACUGAUUCUCCGAAUGGCGCCACGACGCAGGCUAUAUUGAGAUCCGCGAACAUUGUCAACAAUGGACGGUUGAACACCCACAGUCACGGACAAGUCACCGCAGCAAGUGCUGCUAUCCUGGCUAGCACCGGAGGCGAUGAUCUCGCAGACGCGAAGAGUCGAUGGGCAGGCCAGCCAACAGAUGUGGCACUACUGGACCUUUUGGACAACUUCCACGAGGACGAUGUACGGUCAAAGCUCGGAGAGCGCAAGCACGAGGUUCCAUUCUCCAGCGAACGCAAAUGGAUGGGAGUUCUGUUGGAAGGGUCUGGCGGGAUUGAUACCGCCUACAUCAAGGGAGCGCUAGAGAGAGUCAUCGCCCGAUGCGACACCUACAUUUCGAACCAAGGCGGAGAAGUCGUCCUCGAUGACAGGCGAAAGCAAGAAGUCGACCAAGCCGCGCACCUCAUGGCUGAGGAGGGCCUCCGCGUGCUAGCUUUCGCCUCGGGUCCGAUCAAGAGUGGUUCAAAAACCAAGAGCCGAUCCACAACGCCCAUCCCACCAACUGGACUUGGAGAGGAGGUCUAUGACGGCCUCUGCUUUGCUGGCCUCGUAGGAAUGUCUGAUCCACCACGAAAAGGCGUGGAUCGCUCCAUCCGCCGCCUCAUGGCCGGCGGCGUCAAAGUCAUCAUGAUCACGGGCGACGCCGAAACCACUGCCGUCGCCAUUGCGAAGAAACUCGGCAUGCCUGUCAACCUGAACUCUGCUCUUGGCUCUCCAGUCCUCCGAGGCGACCAACUCGACCACAUGAGCGAGUCAGACCUUGCGGCUUGCAUGUCACGAGUGAGCAUCUUCGCGCGCACGAGUCCCGAGCACAAACUCAAGAUCAUCUCUGCCCUGCAAAGUCGCGGCGACGUUGUAGCCAUGACCGGAGAUGGCGUCAACGACGCUCCGGCCUUGAAGAAAGCCGACAUUGGAAUCAGUAUGGGCAAGCUGGGCACAGAUGUGGCUAAAGAGGCGGCGGACAUGAUUCUCACCGAUGAUGACUUCAGCACUAUCCUCAGUGCGAUCGAAGAGGGCAAGGGCAUCUUCUACAACAUUCAGAACUUCCUCACUUUUCAGCUAUCCACCAGCGUCGCCGCUCUAGGCCUCGUGAUGAUGUCCUCCCUUGGCGGCUGGAAGAAUCCUCUCAACGCCAUGCAAAUCCUCUGGAUCAACAUCCUAAUGGACGGUCCACCUGCACAAUCUCUAGGCGUCGAGCCUGUCGACCCCUCUCUCCUCCGCGAACCUCCCCGCCCACGAAACGCCCGCGUCCUCACUCCGCGUCUCAUCCGCCGCGUCCUCCAAUCCGCCAGCAUCAUCCUCCUGGGCACGUUGUUUACCUACGUCUCCAAUCUUACCGCCGAGGAUCUUGCCGCCCACAGCGUCUCGUCCCGCGAUACGACCCUCACUUUCACCCAAUUUGUGCUGUUCGACAUGUUCAACGCGCUAUCGUGCCGGUCUGCAACGAAGUCGGUGCUGAAGGGCGAGUUGCCGUUCUGGAGGAAUAGCAAGGGCGAAGGAAACGUGAUGUUCAACUAUGCGGUUGCAGGUAGUUUAAUUGGACAGGGUUUGGUGAUUUACUUUCCGCCGCUGCAGAGGGUGUUUCAGACGGAGGCGUUGAGCUUGGUAGACUUGGGACGAUUGGUGUUGAUGGCGAGCACGGUUCUUUGGGUUGAUGAGGGGAGGAAGUGGUGGGAGAGGAGGAGGAGUCAGGGCGGUAUGGGAGGCGGUUACAGUCGGAGAGUGUGA